AAACCUGUUCACCUUGUCUGCUGCAACACCUUGAAGCAGUCUACACUCCACACACACUCUCCACUGGAUCAUAUUAUAUUGAUAUUUUGUAGCAGUAUAUAUCAUCAGGCAUUAUGUCUAUCGUGGUGUAUUUCAGCAGCGUGAGCGGAUCCAGAGAGCUAAAGCAACAGCAGAGCCAGAUCUUCUCCUUCCUGGACUCUAAGAAGAUCAAGUACCAGGCGGUGGACAUCACCCAGGGGUCAGAGAUCAAAGAGGAGAUGAGGAAGAAGACGGGAAACCCCGCCGCUCUGCCACCACAGGUCUUCAACAAGGACGUCUACUGCGGGGACUUCUCUGUGUUUUAUGAGGCGGUGGAGACUGGAAAAGCAGAGGCCUUCUUUAAGCUGUAACAGACAGAG